UGUGGCAAAAAGAGGGGUUUUGCUUUUGUAACAUUUGAUGACCAUGAUUCUGUAGACAAGAUUGUCAUUCAAAAAUACCAUACUGUGAAUGGCCAAAACUGUGAAGUAAGGAAAGCACACUCUAAGCAAGAGAUGGCUAGUGCUUCAUCCAGCCAAAGAGGUCGAAGUGGUUCUGGAAACUUUGGAGGUGGUUGUGGAGGUGGUUUUGGUGGGAAUGACAACUUUGGUCACAGAGGAAACUUCAGUGGUCGAAGUGGCUUUGGUAGCAGUCAAGGUGGUGGUGGAUAUGGUGGCAGUGGGGAUGGCUAUAAUGGAUUUGAUAAUGAUGGAAGCAACUUUGGAGGUGGCGGAAGCUAUAAUGAUUUUGGCAAUUACAACAAUCAAUCCUCAAAUUUUGGACCCAUGAAAGGAGGCAAUUUUGGAGGCAGAAGCUCUGGCCCUUAUGGUGGUGGAGGCCAAUACUUCACCGAACCACAAAACCAGGGUGGCUAUGGUGGUUCCAGCAGCAGCAGCAGCAGCUAUGGCAGUGGCAGAAGGUUUUAAUUACUGCCAGGAAACAAAGCUUAGCAGGA